CGCAGAGCCGAUCGGCGGGCGAAGGCGGCGGUGCGGGUCCUCGAGCGGCGGGUGCGGAGCGCGGAGCCGGGCGCCGAGGGGUCUGCGCGGCGAGGGCGCCGGCGCUGCGUCCGCUCCCGGCCGGCGGGGUCCGUGCUCCCGGCCGCUCCCCGCUCCCCGGGCCGCGCUGCGAGCGGAGUUGGGGGCCGCCCGCCCUUUCCCCCGCCCGCGCCCCGCGCCCCGCGCCCCGCUCCGGGCGCCGCGGCAUGCCCGCCCCCCGCCGCCCCGGGCGCGCGUGAAGCCGGAGCCUGGAGGACCGGGGCCCGCGCUCCUGCUGGACUUCCCCGGACCCCGUCCCGCCUCCGUCCCGCCCACGGGGCCCGGGCACCGGACCGGGCGGAGCGCUGCCAUUCAAGGGGCUGCAGUCCCCGCGGCGGGACCCCCGGGGCCGUGUCUCCUGAGCCCAGGCCCAGCGCCGCCGGCCCAUGCUGCAGGGCCGGUGAGCAGAUGGGACUGCCGUCCGCGCGGGGAUGCGGACGAGGACGGGGCCCCGGCUCCACGGCCCUGGCCCGCUGGGGCUGCCUCGGCUGCCUGCUGGCGGUCACCAUGGCGACCCUGGCGCUGGCCCGGCCCUCCAGUCUGGUCCAGGACACCACGCUGGAGCCGGAAGAGCCGCCCACCAAAUACCACAUCUCCCAGCCCGACGUGUACGUGGCCGCGCCGGGGGAGGCGCUGGAGCUGCGCUGCCGGGUGGGCGGCGCCGCCCGGAUCAGCUGGACGAAGGACGGGGUGCACGUGGGGCCCAGCAAUCGGACGGUGCUCAUUGGGGAGUACUUGCAGAUACGGGGCGCCACGCCCCGGGACUCUGGCCUCUAUGCCUGCACGGCGGCCAGGACGCAGGACAGCGAGACCGCCUACUUCAUGGUCAAUGUCACAGACGCCAUCUCCUCCGGGGACGACGAGGACGAUGGGGACGGCUCCGAGGACUUUGUCAGUGAGAACAGCAACAAGCGAGCGCCCUACUGGACCAGCACCGAGAAGAUGGAGAAGCGGCUGCACGCGGUGCCCGCCGCCAACACGGUCAAGUUCCGCUGCCCGGCCGGCGGGAACCCCACGCCCACGAUGCGCUGGCUGAAGAACGGGAAGGAGUUCCGCCAGGAGCACCGCAUCGGCGGCUACAAGGUCCGCAACCAGCACUGGAGCCUGAUCAUGGAGAGCGUGGUGCCGUCCGACAAGGGCAACUACACCUGCGUGGUGGAGAACGAGUGCGGCUCCAUCAACCACACCUACCACCUGGACGUCGUGGAGCGGUCCCCGCACCGGCCCAUCCUCCAGGCCGGGCUGCCCGCCAACGCCUCCACGGUGGUCGGGGGCGACGUGGAGUUUGUCUGCAAAGUGUACAGCGACGCCCAGCCCCACAUCCAGUGGAUCAAGCACGUGGAGAAGAACGGCAGCAAGUAUGGGCCGGACGGGCUGCCCUACCUCAAGGUCCUGAAGCACUCGGGGAUAAAUAGUUCCAAUGCGGAAGUGCUGGCUCUGUUGAACGUGACGCCGGCGGACGCAGGGGAGUAUAUAUGUAAGGUCUCCAAUUACAUAGGGCAGGCCAACCAGUCCGCCUGGCUCACGGUCCUGCCCAAGCAGCAAGCUCCCGUGCGGGAGAAGGAGCUGCCGGCGGCCCCCGACUACCUGGAGAUCGCCAUCUACUGCAUCGGCGUGUUCCUCAUCGCCUGCAUGGUGGUCACGGUCGUCCUGUGCCGCAUGAAGGCCUCGGCCAAGAAGCCCGACUUCAGCAGCCCGCCCGCCGUGCACAAGCUCUCCAAGCGCAUCCCCCUGCGCAGACAGGUAACAGUGUCAGCCGAGUCCAGCUCCUCCAUGAACUCCAACACGCCCCUGGUGCGGAUCACCACACGCCUGUCGUCCGCGGCGGACACCCCGAUGCUGGCGGGCGUCUCGGAGUACGAGCUGCCCGAAGACCCCAAAUGGGAGUUCCCCAGAGUCAAGCUGACGCUGGGCAAGCCCCUGGGGGAAGGCUGCUUCGGGCAAGUGGUCAUGGCCGAGGCCGUGGGCGUGGACAAGGACAAGCCCACAGAGGCCGUCACCGUGGCCGUGAAGAUGCUGAAGGAUGACGCCACGGAGAAGGACCUUUCUGACCUGGUGUCGGAGAUGGAGAUGAUGAAGAUGAUCGGCAAACACAAGAACAUCAUCAACCUGCUGGGCGCCUGCACGCAGGACGGGCCGCUGUACGUCAUCGUGGAGUACGCCGCCAAGGGCAACCUGCGGGAGUACCUGCGCGCACGGCGGCCGCCCGGAAUGGAGUACUCCUACGACAUCAACCACGUGCCCGAGGAGCAGAUGACCUUCAAGGACCUGGUGUCCUGCACCUACCAGCUGGCCCGCGGCAUGGAGUACCUGGCCUCCCAGAAGUGCAUCCACCGGGACUUGGCCGCCAGAAACGUCCUGGUCACGGAGAACAACGUGAUGAAGAUCGCCGACUUCGGGCUGGCCAGAGACAUCAACAACAUCGACUACUACAAGAAGACCACCAACGGCCGGCUUCCCGUCAAGUGGAUGGCUCCGGAGGCCCUUUUCGACCGCGUGUACACCCAUCAGAGUGACGUCUGGUCCUUCGGGGUGCUGAUGUGGGAGAUCUUCACCCUCGGGGGCUCGCCCUACCCAGGGAUUCCUGUCGAGGAGCUGUUCAAACUGCUGAAGGAGGGGCACAGGAUGGACAAGCCGGCCAACUGCACCAAUGAGCUGUACAUGAUGAUGAGGGACUGCUGGCACGCGGUGCCCUCGCAGCGGCCGACCUUCAAGCAGCUGGUGGAGGACCUGGACCGGGUGCUCACGCUCACCACCAACGAGGAGUACCUGGACCUCAGCCAGCCCCUCGAGCAGUACUCGCCCAGCUACCCCGACACACGCAGCUCCUGUUCGUCGGGGGAUGACUCCGUCUUCUCCCCGGACCCCAUGCCCUUCGAGCCGUGCCUCCCGCCGUUCCCGCACGUCACCGGCAGCGUGAACACCUGAGCGGGCGCGUCAUCCCCCGAGGGCGGACCGGCUGACGCAGGGCUGCCUCCGAGCCCCGUCCCAUGUACAUAUGGACCCGAGGGGUUCCCUGGAGAGUCCUCCGGGCGUGUGGGACCGUCCGGAACCUGCGGCUUCGCGGGGGGAAGAGGGGCGUUUCCUGGGCAACGGACCGGGCGGCUGGGGGCCAGUGGGCUCAGGGGACGCUCUGGCCUCGCGAUGCUGGAGGAAGGGACGGGUGGAGGCAGCGCGGACAGGCACGGAGGGCGCAGGUGCUGGGUGUGUGUACAUAGACCAAAUUAUGUAUAAAUAUAUAUUAUAUAUUUACGAGGAACUAUUUUUUGUAUUGAUUUUAAAUGGAUGUCGCAGUGCACCUAGGAAGUGGGCCUCUUUUUUUUUUAAUGGCUAUUUGCUAAAUGCUGUUCUUACCCAGAGUUUCCUAAUCGCCACCCAGCCGCGGCGGGAGGUACUUUUGCUUUCAGGGAAAAUGGUAUAAAACAUUAAUUUAUUAAUGGAUUGGUAAUAUACAAAACAAUUAAUCAUUUAUAGUUUUUGUUUUUAAUUUAAGUGGCAUUUCCAUGCGGGCGAGUGAGCGGCGCUGGGUCCGGGAGUUAGGGGGGCGCCCUGAUGACAGAGCUGACGGGCGGGGGAGGCGAGGUUCGGGGUCUGAGCCCCACCCCGUGGCCGCCGGACCAGCUUCUCCAGGGCGGCCCCGCCCCUGCGCGCCCUCAGACCCGCCUGUUCUCGCGGGAUGGGGUAGCGGCUUCCAGGUUUGUGAGAGCAGCCCUCAGGCACGGAGAUGCCGGUGCCUCUGCUGACAGUGGGGCCCCUCCCGCCGGCGCCUGGCGGGCGGGCCUCGCUGGCCUGGUGGUGGGUCCGGCUGGUGCCGGCGGCAGAGGGCGUUUCCCCGCCCAGGGCCCCGGGGGUAAGGAUUGUGUCUGCUCACGCCCGGCCGCCACGCACCACGAAUGCGGAAUACACUGAUUGUACGUGCUAGGACAUGGGAGAAAGUAUUUAAUGAAACUGUUAAUUUUUAUACUGACAAUAAAAAUGUUUCUACGGAUAUUAAUGUUAACAAGACGAAUAAAUGUCACGCAGCUUAUUUUUUUAA